CCAUUCUCUAUUUAAGCGUUUCGGUAAUGAAGCAGAUAUUGUAGCCAUACUCACGCACGGACUCUUAUUUUGAAAGAGAGCUGACUGACGUCAUUCAUGGAAGCGCUACGUCUGCUUGUGUUCAAUGACAGGCCGCUGACAUUAAAGAUACUACAGCAGGGAUUUGCACGUGUGAAUAUUGUAGCCAUUCUCUAUUUAAACGUUUCAGUAAUGGCACGGAUAUUGAAGUGAGUUUUUCUUUGAUCUAAUACGUUUCUGAUUCGCUUUUAUAAAAUGAAGGAAACUAGUAAAAAGGGAGAAGGAUGGACGUUGACUCUUGCACUAACUGUGUGCUCUGCAGCCAUUGGUGGCACUUUUCAGUAUGGCUACAAUAUAUCAAUUAUCAAUGCACCCACAUCUCACCUGCAGAAGUUCAUCAAUGAGACGUGUAUGAGAAGAUGGGGUACAGCUCUGGGGCCCAGUCAGGUGACACUGAUAUGGACAAUUAUUGUUUCCUCCUUUUCACUCGGAGGACUUUUUGGCUCCCUGCUUGCUGGACCCAUGGCUAUCCGGUGUGGGCGGAAAGGAGCACUGCUACUAAACAACUUCUUCCUUUUAUUGAGUGCAGUCUUGGUUUUAAGCAGCCGCUCAGCUGGAUCUUUCGAAAUGGUCAUCCUUGCUCGUCUGCUGGUGGGUGUCAAUGCUGGAGUUAGUAUGAAUGUCCAGCCCAUGUACUUUGGAGAGAGUGCCCCUAAGGACCUCAGAGGGGCUGUCGCCUUCUCUUCUGCUGUUUUUACUGCUCUGGGAAUCUUUUUGGGUCAGGUAACCGGUCUUACUGAGGUUCUGGGGAGUGAGUCUGUCUGGCCGUAUCUACUGGCAAGCAAUGCUCUCCCUGGUCUUGUGCAGCUGCUCACCCUGCCCUGGUUUCCAGAAAGCCCACGUUACCUUCUCAUCGACAAAGGAGAUAGCAAGGCCUGCAUCCAAGCCCUGAAGCGCCUUAGAGCCUGCAGCGUUUUUGACUCCGAGAUGGAGGAGAUCCUUCAGGAGAGGACGGGAACCCGUGCCAAAACUAUGUGGGAACUCUUCACCGACCGAAGUCUUCGCAGGCAGCUCUGCACUGUUAUGGCAGCCAGUAGUGCCAUGAUGCUGUGUGGUAAUGAUUCCAUUUAUUUCUAUGCAUCCUACAUCUUUCAGGAAGCUGGCAUUCCUUUGGAGAAGAUCCAGUAUGUGGCCAUUGGCACAGGCGCGUGCGAGUUCACCUCCGCCAUGGUGUGUAAUUUACUGAUAGAGCGUGUCGGGCGCAGGUUGCUUCUCGCAGGUGGGUAUGCGCUCAUGGCUUGCUGGGCGGUGGUCUUCACGGUGGCUCUGUCACUGCAGGGGAAAGUGGCCGGCAUGCCUUAUCUGAGUAUGGUGUGUGUUUUUGGCUACAUCUUGAGUUUUGGUAUGGGUCCCGCAGGGGUCACUGGGAUUCUUCCCGCUGAACUUUUUGACCAAAUGGCACGUCCUGCAGCUUACAUGGUUGCCGGCUCCAUGAUGUGGCUUAAUCUCCUCCUUAUAGGAAUGGCAUUCCCUUUUAUUGUUAACGGCCUCGGACAGUUCUGCUUCAUACCGUUCGGUGGUGUUUGUGUAGCCGGGUGUCUUUUUAUUGGUUUCACUUUACCUGAAACCAAGGGGAGGACACUAGCAGAGAUCACAGAGGAGUUUGACAAGCGCAAUGAGAAAGUAAAAUCUAAUGGACUUUUGAAAUCUGGUCAGGGAGAACAAAGUCAAAGUCUGACUAAUCAAACAGCAGAGAACCUAGAGAUUGAGAAGGUUUGACCAGUUGUACUACAUUUUUUUCAUAUACAUGACGUUGCACUGUGAUGGAAACUUGUAAAGGCAUUGCUGACAAAACAAUUUCAAUGCUUCAAUACCUCGUUUUAAGUUAAGGAAGUUUGUGUUUUUCAAUUACUGCUUAAAAAUUAAAGGGAUCCUAUGCACAUUUUAAGUAGGACUGUUUAUUGACAAAAUGUAUUGAAUUCGAACCGUUGUUGUUCAAAGGCUUAAGUGGCCUUACUCAUCUAUAUUUUUAUACCUACAGACAUAUAUGUCUUAAGUAAGGUUUAAUAAAUUAACUUAUCUUUAUUUAUUUAAAUUAUAUUUCACAAUUGUACUUUUACAGGUGCUGCUAGGUAAUAUAAUGUGUGCAAUAAUAGAUAAUCACAGGUGCAUGUUGGGAAUUCAUGUGAAACUGACAUCAGGAUCUCUUAUUUAACAUGCAUGUUUUGCAAGAAAUCCUUUAAUCCUUAUGCUUGCAAAGAUGGAAAUUGUCAUUUGCAUUGAAGUAUUUUACCUCAUUUAGUGAUCACAUGUUGUUCAUUAUUUAUUCGUAGGGUAGCUGAAGAAAGUAGCAACACCCAAAAAGUUAUAAAAUUCUAUCUUAUAUGAGAACUUAUUGCUUGUUUGCACCAGAAGAUGGCCCUGUAGCACCAUAUUUUGUUGUAUAAUGUUUCAUUUAAACAAGUUCACAGACUUUGCAUGCCAUUGCCUUCAGGUGACAAGAAGAGGGAAGUAAUUGUCCUUGCAUCGUGUUUUUCCUUUUCCCAUCUUCAAAGUAUUAUGAAGUUGCUGUCUUUAAAUGUGUGUGGGUGCACACUACUGUAGAUUCACACACUAUCGGUCAAAAGUUUAGGGUCACUUACUCAUUUCUUUGUAAACUCCCUAAAUUAUGGAAUAACACAACUGUAAUUUUAGGAAUUAUGUUGUGACUAAAGACAAUCCAGAGUAAAUUAAAAGGAUGUUAUAUUUUAUCUAGGGCUGUGACGAGACACUUACUCCACAAGACGAGAUUGGGACCACAAGACAGAUUUUUACACUUUUUAAGAAAUCCUUAAUGAUUAAACAUAUCUGAUUGGAAAACUGAAAUCACAAGUUUAUUUUUUAAAUAAAUGUUUUAAAUGGGACUGUCCUUAAUAUUUUUUAGUAAUUGAUAAUGAAGUAAAAUUAUAUACUAAUGAUGAUGCAAAUAAUAAUUGGUUCAAAUAAAGUAUCAAAACCAAGUAAACACGUCGUUUUAUUAAACAAAAACAUUAGCAUACAUGUAAAAACCAGCAUUAUUAUUUAUAACAAAUGUCUGCAGAGGGCGCCAGUGGACUCCCGAUUGCUUAUUUAAUUUUAGAUUGAGAAAAAGCUUACUUUUUACUCAAAUUCAUUACAAUAGAAAUCUACACGAGAAAUCUUGUGACAUUUUAAUGUCAUGCACAAAAUCUCAUCACAUACCUGAUUUUAGCAUUUUCACAUUUGUUACUCUUGACUAGAAUUUAUUUAUCAAACAGCAACAAUUACCAUUUUUGACAAUUUUUCCACAAUUGAAGGAUAUGGCUUUCAAAACAUUUAAGUAAAGUAAGUCAUAACUUUUGAAGUGUAAAUGUGUGUAAUCGAAUGUACUGUCUAUAUAUAUAAAGCAAUUCUUUUAAAUUUUAGUGUUGAACUGUAUGAUGAUAAAUUGUUUCUGCCAUUCUGUGGGAAAUCCUGCUGUACUGUUUGAAUGUCUGUAUAUUCUGAAUACCUCAAACUAUUUUAAUGUAUCAAAAAAAGUUGCAAAAUGUGAAAAACAUUAAAAGGCUGGCAAUAAAUCAUAGCUCCAUUCAAUGACUGUGUGUAAUGUGAUUUAGGUCCGGUUUCACAGACGAAGCUUAAGACUAGUCCCAGACUAAAUGUUUGAGCCGUUAACAGGAAACAACUUGUACUGACAUGUCUUAAAAUAUAUCAGUGCCAUUGUUAUGUCUCAGGAUGCACACAGUAAUGAUUUUCUAAGUCACAUUUAUAAAAGCUCCUUAAGAGUCAAAAUUGAAUAAAGGUCUAAUCUUGGCUUAAAGGGAU